AUGGGGGGGCGGCCCCCCGAGCCGCGGCCUGGGGGCUCCCUGGCCGGGCCCGGGCCCGGGGCGGCCGGGCGAGGGGGCAAGACGGAAACAGCCGAUGAGGAGGCGGCCCGAGAGCCCGGGAGGGGGCGCGUUAUAAAGGGGGAGGUGCCCGGGCCUCGCCCUCCCCUCCCCCUCCGCCCGCCCCCUCCCUCCUCCUUUCCACCCUCCGCGGCCGCACCUGCCGCCGCCGCCGCCUGCCUCCCGCCCGCCCGCCGCCCUCGGCGCGUCACCGCCCGCGGCCCCUCCUCCGCCUUCGGAGGUGGGGCCCCGCGCUCAACACCUGGCUUCGGGGCGCGACUUGCCGCGCGAAGACUAGAGGCGCCGAGGGAGCGGCCUCGGGUGCGGGGAGGGGAGAACGGGCCCCCACCGCCGCCUCCCAGGGCCCCCGCCGACCCGCCGUUGAUAUGGCAAGCGACAGCCGCCAGGGGGCGCAGCGACAUUGAAGGUGGAGCCUCCUGUAUCUCCCUCCAGCCCUUAACAACCAGCCCCCUUCAGACCUCCUCUCCACCCCUCUUCAAUCUGCACCCCCCACCCAAGUCCUCUACCAAUGGAUCCUAA